CCUGCUCUUGCCCACCCGUUUUGCCUCGUCGCUCGCAUCCGCCAUCGCUAUUGUUGCUGAUGGACCCUUGCUCUUGACGCAGGUUGCUCUUGAUGGUUCCCGUUUUGACAAUCCACACAGUGUUGGAGAUUCUGGCUGCCGCGCUCUUGCCAAGUCUGGUGAUCGUUUUCAAUUACGGAGAGAAUUUUAUUUCUCGUCGCUCUUUCAUCGACUACAGAGUGUGAGGUUGCGAGCUUUGACGAUGAGGCUCGCUCUGCACUUGCCGCCUCAUUCUCCUCAUGAAGAUCUUGUGUCUGCGGUGGGAUGGAAUCUCUGCAACGAGCUCUACACAUGCAGUGACGAUCAUACAAUAUGGCGAUGGAAUCGUGGUGGCGAACCUCUCAGCAAGGUGUGCACAUUAGAAGCCUGUUUGACUGAUAUUCAUUGGUUUCCAUCCAUGUCUCAACGACAACGGAGUGGAGCAGGCACAGAUGUUUUUGUUGCAGCUUGCACUGACGGAGCGUUCUAUAUCAUGAGCAGAGGAGGGCGGGAAGAAAAGCGUGUUGAGGCUCACGAGGGUGCGGUCAUCUCUAUCCGAUGGAAUUUUGAAGGAACUGCUCUUGCAACCGGGGGUGAGGAUGGACUUGUGAAGAUAUGGUCAAGGAGUGGAAUGCACCGAUCAACUCUGGCCCAGAACGGGCAUGCAGUAUAUGCAGUUGCUUGGGGACCAGAGUCGGACCAAGUGGUUUUCUCAAGUGGCUCCAACUUGUUCAUUAAACCCAUACAGUCUUCUUCCAAGCUUCUGCACUGGGAGGGACACGAAGGGCUUGUUUUGAAAGUGGACUGGAAUCCCAUCAACAAUUCCAUCAUCUCUGCUGGAGAGGAUUGCCGCUACAAGGUAUGGGACUGCUGUGGUAGGCUGCUGUAUCAAAGCUCCAAAGCUGAUUACAGCAUUACAUCUUUGGCGUGGUGCCCUUCAGGCGACGUCUUUGCUGUUGGGUCCUUCAACUCCGUCACAUUAUGUGAUCUAGCAGGGUGGCCGCACGGAAAAGAGAAGCUUAACACAGGCAGUCUUCUCAGUGUGGCAUGGAGUCUCGAUGGGACUCAACUCGCUGGUGCUGGUGGAAAUGGCACCGUAGUUUUUGGGCAGCUUGUUGACAAGACAAUCGAAUGGACCGGAAUAAUUGCGACUUUGGAAAAUCAGAAUCGCAUACGCAUUCAGAAUAUAUUAAAAGACACAAUUAAGGAGUUAGAUUUUCGGGAUCGUGUAAUUAAGAUGAGCCUUAGUUUCCAGCAGCUCGUAGUGGCCACUGCCUCACAGUGCUGUAUAUAUUCAGUCACAAACUGGAACACACCACACAUCCUUGAUGUCAAGGACAGUGUCAUCCUGGUGAAGCAGUGUCGGCGCUACUUCCUGUUGAUUGAUUGCUUCAUGGGAUUGCAGCUGUUCACAUACGAGGGCCGGCACCUCUCUAAUCCCAAGUUUCAAGGUUUACGAACGGAAUCGUUUAAUCAACGAAAUGUUAGCCUUUCUAACAACGUUUUCGCAGUUAUCGAGCACAAUGAUAAAAAAGUUGUACGAUUCCUAGACGUGAACACAGGUAAGCUGGUGGGAGAGGUGAUGCGCCAUUCUCUGGAUGUGGUUGAAAUUGCGUUAAAUCAGUUGGGCAUCCUUGCAGAUCAAAAGCUUGUGUUGAUUGAUUCCAACCGUGACCUCUUCAUCUCUUCCAUCAACAGACUUGCGUUAUUUAAAUUAGCCUCCAUGGUAGAAAGCAUCAUGUGGAACGAGGUUGCUGACAUAUUGGUAGCUGUAGCUGACCGAAGAUUGGUGGUGUGGUACUAUCCGCACGCUCCAACUGUAGACAAGGAUCUUCUUCAGUAUGUAAAGCUCACAAAAGAUUGCAAUAUUGGGAAGAACGCGAGGUUUCUAAGUUUCUAUGGGCCUCAAUGUACGGUUCAACGCGCAGAUGGUGCAUCCAUAUCUACAAAUGUUUCUCCGCACCCUUUUCUUCUCUUUGAACAUGUUAAUGCCAAGCAGUGGGACCAAGCGCUACGAUUGUGCCGCCAUGUUAAGGACAAUCUUCUGUGGGCAUGUCUAGCUGGCGCAUCUAUGGCAGCCAAAGAGUUGAGUGUGGCGGAGAUGGCAUAUGCUGCACUUGAUGAGGUUGAUAAAGUUCAUUACAUAAUUUACAUGAAAGAUCUUCCCUGUGAAGAAGCUCGACAAGCCGAGCUGAUGCUGUUUCGGAGGCGUUCGGAGGAGGCCGAAUCGAUACUCCUCCAAGCGGGCCUCACUUAUCGGGCCAUUAGUCUCAAUAUUCGACUUUUCAACUGGGAUAGAGCUUUAGAACUAGCAUUAUCAUACAAGAAGACACACUUGGAUACUGUGCUAUGGUACAGGCAAAAGUACCUGCAGAAAACCAAACAUGAGGAGACAAAAGAGCAGUUCAUUCAUUUUGCUCAACAGGUAGUCAUCAACGUAGACCAUAUCAAAGAGAAAAUUAAAGAGGAGAAAGAGAGAGAACGUCGACGGUCAGGCGCAAACCCUUUGCAAACAAAGCCAAUGUGGAAUAUAUCUCAUCGUGACAUGCCCGCAUUUACUAAAGCUGGUCUUAUAAGUGGUACCAAGUCGGAAUCCUCAAAUCUGCUCUCUAAUACAGUUCAAAUUGCGUAGCAGUUGUAAUCUAAGGAAAUUGCAAUCUCCAGCGUCUAGAUGAUGUUCAACAACUGUUGGAUCGGAAAAUAAGGUGACAAUUUUUCAACAUGUAUCGGGUAGCAUGAAAGAAAAUUAAUCACUAGUUCCUUGACGCUCUUUCAGUGAUUUUCAAAACAGCCUUAAACUUUGCAAAGUUUUCGUAAGUUUACUUUCAAAGCAAAUGUGUUUCUUCAAAAUUUACUAGUUUUUUGUUUUUUUUACCUUGGUAACUCAAAAAGGAUAUAUGUGGUAACUAUGAAUGUCAUAGUUUGGCCUCUUCAAAUUAUUUCUGUUUGGUCAAGUGGACUUGGGACAAUUCCACUUGAAAUUGGAUAAAAAAUCAAUAAAAAAUAAUAAUAAAUAUGACUUUUUGGCA